AUGGACUUUCGGGCAGUCACGUCGACCACCGAGAUCGCGCAGGGCGAGAAGCUGCUCCAGACCGGCGCGCGCGGCUUCGUACGCGACGCCCCCACUCCUGGCCGUCCCUCCCUCCACGAGAGCUGGUGGUGCUGCGCCUCUGCGGCGGUGCUGCUCCUCCAAGCGUGCGGCGCCUGCUGGCUGCUGCUGGGGCAGCGGGCGCCGCGCUCCGGUGCGGCCUCGGGGCAGCGAUCCAGCAUGGCGGUCCGCCCCCGGCUAAGCAAGAGUCGCGGCUUGGUGGCCUUUCUGCUGCUGAUCUCCGGCCUCCCCGUGGCUCGGGCUGGCUCGGGCGAGGCUGGCUCGGGCGCAGCUAGGUCUGGCGAGGCUGGCUUUGGUGAGCAGGGAUCCGGACUUUGGGGCGUGCCGCCGUCGUUGCCACCUCUGUCUCCGCCCUCGUACCCGCUCGCAUCCUACACCAUCACCACGACGCCGGGAUCGUACCCUAGCGAGGUGAGCUGGGACCUCUGGUGCGGCGGCGAAGUCGUCCUUCCGUCGGCGCCCUACACCGGUUCAGACGAGUGUGGGCUCUGCCCAGACUUCCAGACCGAGUACCGCGUCUCCCUCUAG